GCCCGGAAAGUGAAGUGCUCAGCUGAUUUCCGCACAGAUCUGAACCUAAACCUAGACUUCUUACGAGAGAGCUCUUCUAACUAGCUGAUGGCGAAAUUCGUGUCGCGUGAUACCGAGAAAUAGUGAGCCAACCCAAACAACCGGGGAAGACGCCACUUCUCGAAUACUUAUAGUGACAGAAGCGCAGAAUCGGAUCAGUGAGCCAAUAAUAACGUCGAAAAACGAACAUUCGGAUUUGGAAGAAUAUUUAAGAUUUGUGAACGCACAUCCAUCCAUUAAAAAUCCAAUUUUAUUUUUGAUAAAAAAAAUUUCAUACAGAUGAACGUUGGAUCCAUUCUGUUGACAAUCUUCAUAGCGAUAAAUAGGGUCGCCAAAACUUCCCCAGCUCGCCCUCUGUUAGUUGAUAGUUGGCAACCGCCGUCAGACUUUUCUCGGUACGGAUUUGUCACCGGUUGGCCCAAGGAGGUCAGUUUCCGAGAACCUGUGGCAACCGUAACAUCGGCAACCGCUUUUACCGGGAAUCCAUCAUCAACAACAACUUGUACUUCAGAAGGCCGAAUGCCCGGCGAUGACGCGGAAACCUCCAGUCGUUUUGCUGACCACAUGUCGCGUUCCGAGAGUUUAGGUUCUCAAAGAGCUCCAUUCGCCGAUCCAUUUGACCCAGUAGAGAUGUCGACGCUGUUCCCUACUUUGGCCAACGGUCACCUUGGCUUCACGGUCUUUGGCGAUGCCGUGUACAUGGACGGGUUGUUCAACGGCCAUCGGGGACUGAGCCAUCGAGCCAGGAUCGCAAACGUGGCCAAUCUACGGCUUCAGCUGGAAGAGGAGGGCACCUCAGCUGCUGGGAACCUAACGUCAAGCAGGGAUGGAUUCCGGAUGGAUUUUCGUACCGGCACGUUUUGUGUCGAUUAUCGAGGACCUAAUAAUAGCUUUAGGGUUACCCAGCGCAUCUAUCCACAUCAAUCCUUCGAUCGUGCGAUCGUCAAUCAAUUCGAGAUCAUGCGGCUGGACGGUGAUGGUGAUCUCAACAUCGUCCUCAGCCAACCGUACACAUUUCCCGGUAGCGAAGACAUCGUGUUCACUCCGACCGAGACCGAAACCGUCUUCGCCGAUCAGAGCAACGACGACGAAGAUGUGGCCGACGACCAACAAGAUGGAACCGGUGCCCACGAACCGGAACGACGACGACGACCGUUGUUUUCGAAUCCGAAUCGCUGGGCCAUCAAGCAAUCUGGACCUGCUGGCAGAAAUAAAUAUUCAUCAGCCGAGCCGAGCCAUCAUCAUCAGCAGCAGCAACAGCAGCAACGACCUGCUUGGGUUCUGCAUCGAUCGUGUGGCCACACUCUGGAACCGGAGAUCCCGGAGGAGUCUCGGCCCGGACCCCAACAGCUACGACAAGUCUGUGUCUUAUGGAAUCACGUUCCAGAAGAGCUCACACUGGAACGGAGCGAACAGUCGGUUUCUUACCGAUUUAUAAUGACGGUUGAUGAAAGUGCCAAAGUUGCCCGUGAUGAACUGCUUCAGGCACUUCGAAUGGAUGAUGAGGAAUUUCUUCGGCUCCACACCUACGUUUGGGAAUCUUUUUGGAGCAAAUUUGAUAUUCAAAUCGAUGACAAUCCGGAGCUCCAAAGCACCGUUCGAGCCAGUAUUUUUUAUCUGAUGAGUAAUUUCAAUCUAACUGGAAACGAAGCAGCUCUAGGACCCGCUUCGACUACCGGAUUUGGUGGAAGCCUCAGUCCAACCGGCCUCGGUCGGGGUGGAUCCAAUCGGGACGAUUAUGAAGGUCACUCAUUUUGGGACACCGAAAUCUGGAUGUUUCCGGUCGUUAAUUUGAUUGAUAGUAGAUUUUCGGAAGCUCUGAUUGACUAUAGAUUUCAACGACUAGAUUCUGCCAAAAAACAUGCCGAAAGUGGUGGUUUUAGAGGAGCUAGAUUUCCCUGGGAAAGUGCCGUUUCCGGAAUGGAGGUCACUCAGCCGGAGUAUCCGGAAGUGGCAAACUUCCAACAGCACAUUACAGCCGACAUCAGUUAUGCUUUACGACAGUAUUUUGCAGCGACUCAUGACCUUUCCUGGCUGAACACCAAGGGUUGUUUCCUGGCUGCCGAAAUAGCCAAAUUCUGGGCCAGCCGUUUAUCACACGAUCCCGUUACGGAUCUCUACGACAUAAAAGCGGUCAUGGGACCGGAUGAAGAUCAUGAAACUGUAACCAACAACGCGUACACAAACGUGGCUGCGGCCUAUGCGCUUUAUUUUGGCGACUUAACGAAAUGCAUGUGCGGCAAAAAAAGCAAGAAUUCCACCGCCCCACAACUGGACGAGAUGACCCCGCAGAGCUGGUCUUCGCUGGCCGGCCGUCUCAAGUUGCUUUACGAUUCGACCCACGACUACCAUCCGCAGUUCCAGGGCUACGAGUUGGGAACCGUUAUCAAACAGGCGGACACCGUACUGCUGGGCUACCCACUGAACUAUCAGCAUCUGAGGAUGACCCCUCGAACCCGGAGUAAUGAUCUGCGUUUUUACGAGCGUGUCACCCGAGCAACAGGGCCGGCAAUGACCUGGGCGAUGCAUGCCAUAAACCACCUGGAUCUGGGCGAGAUCGAGGAUGCCGAGAGGAAUUUCGAGCGUAGCUACCGAUCAUACGUGCGGGCUCCAUUCCACGUGUGGUGCGAGGUCCCACCGGAUCAAACUGGGGCCGUGAACUUUAUCACCGGUGCGGGUGGCUUCCUUCAAGCGAUCAUCAACGGUUUCGCUGGAGUUCGGUUGUACUUGGAUCGGCUGGAGAUAAAUCGACCCAGGCUGCUGCCCGGGACCCAAGGAUUGACAAUAAAAGGGUUGGAAUAUCUCGGAGCCAGAUUGACUAUGUGCAUCUCCAAGGCGAUGGUGACGCUUGAAGCAACUCAACUAACUCGAGAUUUGAUGCUACAUUCCGGCGACAAAGAGGAACCAAUUUCACUGAAUACGAUAUACGAUAUAACCAACACGAACAUUACUAUUCGAAACAAACUCAACGUAUUUGGCGAAUGUUCUCUCCCACAAGAUACCUUGUCAAUCAUCAAUGUUUAAUCAGAAGUCAGCGAGAAGCUCAGUCAUUGAGAAAAACUGACAACCCAAUUUUUAUAUACGAGGAUCAAUUGAAGUAGCAAUUGAUCCACCAACAAUGAGCAUUUUUUCUCAACUUUUUCUUCUAAUUUCUUUACUAUGAAUAACCAAUAAAAAUAUUUUUCGCGAGUGAAGAAAAAACAUGUACAGUGCCAUCAAGUGACCGUUUAACCAAUGAUCAAAUCCUCGUUUAUAUUUCAUAAGGUUUUCCAUUAUUUAUAUUUUAUUUUAUUCCAUAUGAGUCCCAUGUGCGUGCAUUUCCAUAAUUUUUGAGCUAUCGAUGGGAAGCUUCCUUAUGGUCCAAAUUACCCAUUAAACAAUUGGUUGAUCAAAGUUUGAUCCUAAAGUUUAGAAAAAAAAUUUACAUAUGACCCUUGAGGUGCUUCCGGUGAAAAAUACUCGCAUUUGAGUCUCAUUAGCAACGUUGAAUGAAAAUUAUUCUCUUUGGCUUAACGAUCUACAGGCCUCCCAUGAACUCAUAACAAUACCUAAGUCCAAAAAGAGCAUGAGAAAUAUACAUCUUAUACAUCAUAUUUGUUGAUGGACCUUGGAUCUACUCUCAUUAGCAAGUUGGUCGGCCAUCUCGUUUCCAAUAAUGCCGGCAUGUCCUGGUAUCCAUAUCAAGCUAAUCU